AUGCCCACGGCCGAGGCCCCCCAGGCAGCUGGCGGACAGGGCGAUGGAGGUGAUGGCGAGGAGGCAGAGCCGGAGGGGAUGUUCAAGGCCCCCAAGGACUCCAAGAGAAAAGCCCGGGACUACCUCCGCCUGGCGCCCCUGUGGCUGGCCCUUGUCGUGCUGGCUUCGGUGGGGGUCCUGCUCUGGUAUUUCCUAGGGUACAAGGCGGAGGUCACGGUCAGCCAGGUGUACUCGGGGAGCCUCCGCGUGCUCAAUCGCCACUUCUCCCAGGACCUCGCCCGCCGGGAGUCCAGUGCCUUCCGCAGUGAAACGGCCAAAGCCCAGAGGAUGGACUCACGAGGUGAUGAGCCUCCUCUCCAGGGGCCCGGCCACGUCGUACAUGGCCAGCCGGUCCCGGCACUCGGCCAGCGUCCACUCGAGCCGGAGUUUGAGCAUGAGAUCCUUGGGGCCCUGCAGGUGCCACAGGCAGCUGGAGGCCAGGUGGUCGGGCCCCUUCAGCCGUUGGACCUGGCCCUGGCCCACGUAGCUGUAGCGGUAGCAGCCUGGAGGAGGGAGAGGCACAGGCCCCCUGACCCCUCUUGCGAGGUGAACCUGACCCUGGAGGGCCGUCCGGAGCCGCAGGGCGUCCUCAGCACGCCUUACUUCCCCAGCUACUACUCGCCCAGCACCCACUGCUCCUGGCACCUCAUGGUGCCCUCCCUGGACUACGGCUUAGCCCUCUGGUUUGACGCCUAUGCUCUGCGGAGGCAGAGGUAUGACCUGCCGUGCACCCAGGGACAGUGGACGAUCCAGAACCGGAGGCUGUGUGGCCUGCGCACCCUGCAGCCCUAUGCCGAGAGGAUCCCCGUGGUGGCCAGCGCCAGCAUCACCGUGAACUUCACCUCCCAGAUCCCACUCACCGGGCCUGGCGUGCAGGUGCACUACGGAUUAUACAACCAGUCAGAUCCCUGCCCUGGAGAGUUCCUCUGCUCUGUGAAUGGCCUGUGUGUGCCAGCCUGCGAUGGGGUCAAGGACUGCCCCAAUGGCCUGGACGAGCGGAACUGCGUCUGCAGAGCCACAUUCCAGUGCCAAGAAGACAGCACGUGCAUCUCACUGUCCAGGAUCUGUGACCGGCAGCCUGACUGUCUCAACGGGAGUGAUGAGGAGCAGUGCCAGGGAGGGGUGCCUUGUGGGACAUUCACCUUCCAGUGUGAGGACCGCAGCUGCGUGAAGAAGCCCAACCCGCAGUGUGACGGGCUGCUGGACUGCAGGGACGGCUCAGACGAGCAGCACUGUGACUGUGGCCUCCAGGGCCCCUCCGGCCGCAUAGUGGGCGGUGCCGUGUCUUCGGAGGGCGAGUGGCCCUGGCAGGCCAGCCUCCAGGUUCGGGGCCGACACAUCUGUGGGGGGGCGCUGAUCGCUGACCGCUGGGUGGUAACAGCCGCUCACUGCUUCCAGGAGGACAGCAUGGCCUCCCCGGCGCUGUGGACCGUGUUCCUGGGCAAGGUGUGGCAGAGCUCGCGCUGGCCGGGCGAGGUGUCCUUCAAGGUGAGCCGCCUGCUCCUGCACCCUUACCACGAGGAGGACAGCCACGACUACGACGUGGCCCUGCUGCAGCUCGACCACCCCGUGGUGCGCUCGCCCGCCGUGCGCCCCGUCUGCCUGCCCGCGCGCUCCCACUUCUUCGAGCCCGGCCUGCACUGCUGGAUCACUGGCUGGGGUGCCCUGCGCGAGGGCGGUGAGCCGGCUUCGGGGGGCGACUCGGGAGGCCCGCUUGUGUGUAAGGAGCCCAGUGGCCGCUGGUUCCUGGCGGGGCUGGUCAGCUGGGGCCUGGGCUGUGGCCGGCCCAAUUACUUUGGUGUCUACACCCGCAUCACAGGAGUGAUUGGCUGGAUCCAGCAGGUGCUGAGCUGA